AUGGCGUGGUGGCGCGCGCGGGUCGUCGCGCCGGCGCGGCGCGCCUGGCUCGCCGUCGUCGCCGCGCGCGUGCGCCGCCGCAAGGGCCGCACUGAGGCAGAGCGCGCAGGAAUCGUGGACCUCCACAGGGACGUGGAGACCUGCGGGUACCACGACGUCCAGGUGAUGUGGGACAUGCUGGGCCUGGACACCGGGCCGCCCAGCAGCCCGCCGGAGCGCCGGAAGCGGUCGCCGCUCUGGACCUGGACGCCGUCGUUCUUGCACUUCGGAUCGUCGCGCCGCACCGGCACGGGCACGGCCGCCGCGCGGUGA